UAAUGUAAAACUUCCACCACUAUAUACAAAACAGCGCCAAAUGUUGCACAUAAGUCUAUAAUUUAAAUUUAAAACCGAUUUUACUGUAACAUAGAUAAAGUAUUUGAGCUUAAGAAGCAACAUGAACACCACCUUGCACGUCCGUGUAUGUAAAUUGGGCGAAAAAAACCAAAUUGAGGAGCUCCGUGAGCUGAUCAAGAAAACGAGCGUAAAGGAGCUAACUGCAGUUUUGAACGCCCGACUGCCUAAAAAGGAUUUCAUUAAUUUUUGGAAUUAUCUUCUACUCGCCUACGAUGGCAACAGCGUCGAUACGCAGGAGAAGCGUUUCGCCUGUGUUCGCAGCUUUUUAGAUGGAUUGCGCACUGUUGAGAUGGGCUACAAGCUAAGCGUGGACUUGAUAACGCGUCUCUGUCAGGACUUAAACACCUAUACAUCAGAUCAGCUGAAUUGGAUUAUCGAGCACUGCAUGGAUGAUAUGCGAGCUGGCGAUGCCAAGUGCGUAGCGUGGAAAGAUUUGUUGCCAGAGACGUUGCUCGUGCUCUCCGUCAGGCCACGCCUCAUUAUUAAUGACAUCGCCAUGACGGGGCAGGAGUUUAGAGAUAACACUAUUCGUAAUUUGAGCACUAUGCGCUGGCCCAUUACUAUUCUGACACCCAUUGCCGAUAUGUUUUGUAUGCUAAAGCUCAGCCCUAGUGAGCGUUUGACUGUGCUAAAUAAGUUUGCAGGCGCCCUGCAGGAAUUGUCACCCAUGGAGCUGCCUGCGCUGUGCUACCAACUCUUUUCCAUGUGCACAAGCGCUGCACAGCUUAUUAUCCCUCUAUUAUCGCUGGAAAAGUAUUUUCAUAAAAACUAUUAUAAGCAGUUGUUUUCGGAUAUGUGCAGCAAUUCAACAGACUUUGAUAGCAUCGAUGCCUACUCUGACAAGGAGCUGCGCGAGGCGGAGGAGACUGUGCUACAUCAUUUGAACUAUUGCACCAUGUACUUGCUUAGCGAGCAGCAAAUAGCGAUUAUGCUUAGAAACUUUCUACAUAUGCCUGAUGUCAUUCUAACUCCAUUUAUGCUCAGCGCUAUCAUCUCCAUGACAGCUGUUAAUCGUGAUCCAGAAUCUGCGCGCUUCUCUAGCUGUAUACUGUUGCCUUUUCUUCGCAAUGUCAUUCGCAACAACGAAGAGGAACAAACGUUGGCACAGUAUUCAGUUUGGUGCCGAGAUACGCUCCAGCGCAAACAUGUAGAUAUGCUGCAGGUUUUUACAGUGCUCAUUGAUCAAAAUAAAGAUGGCAAGGAUGUAGUCACUCCCGGAUUGGUUAACUUGGCUUUUACGUUGCUUAAAGCGCACAAUGCACCUAAGUUGAAUACGUUGGCCAUUACGUUCUUGACCAAGUUCAUAAGACGACGUUUUAUGUUUGGCCAGGGAAUAAUCAAACGCAUAGCCGAGUGGAUGGUCGUGGAUCAGGAGCAGAAUCAGUUCUCUGAAUGCUUAACCAUGCUAAGUGUUGCGGACACAUACACUGUCUCGGAGUGUUUGGAAACAAUUACAACUGUAAUGGAAGAUUUUCUGUGGCUGCCCGGAGAGCAAUCCAUGCGCAUGAUGAACUUUAUUUUGCCGCUGCUAAAGCUUUCAAAUCGCGUGCGGGAUGCGCUGAUUGAAGUGCUACGCAAAGCCAUGACCAAGGACUACAGAACACGUCGCAUGGCUAUUUUUGGUUAUUGCAUGAUUCUCAAACAGCUGAACAACAGUAACUCGGCUCGGCAGUCUCAAAAUGCCAGCAGCUUUUGCACCCAGCACAGCAUUUCCGGGUACUCCAUGAUGACUCAAAGCUCAUUUGCCACACGCAGCAAUCCACAGCGUAAUUUCGAUAUGCUGACAAUGGAGAUCAUUGGAAUACUGCGCAGCUGUUUUGAACAGCAAUUGGGCAUACGAUGCACACUUUACGAGAAUCUUCAGCGUGCAGUGGAACUGAAUGCCAAGUUGGUGCCUCAUGUGCUCCAGUUUGUGGAUUUUCAUUUCCGUGGAUUCUUCAACACGCCGUCUGCAGAUCAGUCCGCAGAUGAUUUGGACACCGACUUUGCUAUAAAUUACGAUCGUUUAGUGAUUGUUAAGGAUGAACAAUUAGAUAUAAAAGAUAAUCUAGGAUGUUUAGUGCAGUUUGUGGCCCAUUGCUUAGCCAUCUUUGAACGCGGUCCUUCCGGCUGCGAUGUGAGGGAAAUGCAGCGACUGCUGACGAUUUGCACGCAGCGUUUGGUAACAAAUAGACUACCUUUAGAAGACACAGCCCCGCCAGCUACUCCUUUGAAAUGUGCUCGGAUUCAGCAGCAGCUGAAUUUAAUUGAAGGUUUGAUUGCUCACUCGUUGCUUAGUUCUAAGGCAGGCAAUGAUGCAUUGCGACAGCUGCUACCGUUAUUCAAACAGCAUCAGAGGCUUAUUAAGGAUCUAGGUGCCUUAUCAGACACUUCAAAGAAAGUACAAAAGCAAGCAAAACCCAAUGAUAGUAAUGCGACCAUUAAUGUGAGCGUGAAUGCAUCCAAGUUGAAGCAAAUGUGCACACAGCCGAAAAAUAUUUGGGAUCUGGCUAUCAUUGAAAAGUUACUGCAUGUGCUACAUGACGAUCAUGUACCCUAUGCAAGUGCAGCAAACACCGCUCCUCUGCGCAGCUAUGAGCCGCUCGUGCGUUACGUCCUGGAAAUUACGGCACAGAAAGUGCAGGGGAUCCGUGAGGAACCUGAUUAUAAGCAGCUCUCCUACAGCAAGCGCACUUUAAAGCUGCUGACAGACAUUACUAAAGUCAUCUAUGAGCGCUGUAUUCAACGGCUGUCCGAGCUUUGGCAAGACUUUGAUGUGGAGAGCGCUGUGCUUGCGGCCAAGUGUUUUAUGCAAUGCGUUCGUACGGCCCACGAGACAUAUGGCAGACGUUUUAAAGAGUUCGUCAAAGGUUUUGAUAUGGCAGUUGUUAAUAAGAGCAAGGAAGUCACUUAUGUGCUGCAAGAUGUGCUCGUGCAGUAUAUGAAAGAGGAUAUCAACACGGAUAGCAGUAGCAGCAAGCUGCCUGUGUAUUUGCUAGAGGCGCUGGAGCUGUUCUAUGAUCAUAUAAACUAUGGAGAGCGUGCAACAAUAGACUCGUACACUUGGCUUCUAGACUUUUGUCAAACGUACGAACUGCAGAAUCCAGAGAUGGGUCUGUUGCAUCGAAUGCUCUUUACUCAGCGACAGAAGACGCAUUCCGGUCCGUUCUUCGACGCAGUAGCUAGGCAGCUGGGUAAAGUACUGGGCUGGCAAAACGAUGACAACGUUUCCGAGCAGUCCGACCUGGGCUUAAAGUCUCUCAAUAUGAGCACAACAGCCACUUGUUUACAGUACCUAUAUGCAGCAGUCCAGAAGCAGUUAGAAGAUGUGGAAUACUUUGUUAUCAAAGCGAACAAUUUAAGCUAUAAAUGUAACAUAGUGCCCGAAUCCGAUCGCAUCUAUUGGCGUGGAAAUCUAGACACAUUGGAGGGUUCCAUUUGUGCUCAGCUAAUACUUAUAACACGCACGUUGCUGGAAAUUACAAAUGUGUGCAUUCCCUUAGGAAAUCAUAUGGAUGGACUGAUGAAGCUUCUUAUUCAGCAUUAUACGUGCCUCAAAAAUUUGGCCAGGCACUAUCUGGGCAGCAGCUCCGGGAAAAGCAACAAGUUUGAGCAGCUGGUACGCAACGUUGGCAAACCUUUGCCCGCAAAUAUCUAUCAGCUCAUAUCGUAUGUGGAGUACAAUAUUUUGGAUGAACAGCCUCAUCAGACAGCAACAAAACGCAAGCCUCAGGCAGAGCGAGCCAAGGUGCUGCGCGAGACACGAUUCAUACCGAAAGUUAUAUUGGCUAUUGAGAAUUUCAAUAAGCACAUUAUAUUGUUGUCAAAGAAGUUCAAAAGCUAUGAUCGGCUGGCGAAUUAUUUGCACUUUGGUGCUGUGCGGGAUUUCAAUAUACAAUCGGGUGAUUUGAGAGCUGUUAUUGAACGUACCUAUUCACACAGCAGCCAGAUUGAGGUGUCCGAUAGCAAUUUGGAUGCUGACGAAGAGCAUACUAACAGCGAUGAUGCAUUGCCUGUAGAGGAAGAUGAGGUGGAUGAUGAUGACCAACAAGAACCGGAGCAGGAGCCAGAGCAAGCGCCGAAGAAAAAGCAGAAACAGCAAAAGGUACGGGAGGAAGAGAAGGAGCCGUCCAAAAAGCAACAGGAAACCGCUCGCAAAAAUCAGCGCAGGCGACGUGUAGAUGCGGCGGAGGAGUCUCAACCAAAACGUAGGCGUGGACGCCCUAGUAAGGAGGAGUCCUAAUGCGGACGGACGACUCGCAUAUCCAUUUAAGUUUUUAACUUGUGUUUUUAUGUACUUUCGCGCAAAUUUGAUGCCCGCACGCAAUAGAGCAACUGCUGCGGAUCCGGGUCCAUCAUUUUAUUGCACUUGAAAACUUAAUUAGGCCAAAAUGCGGUGUGAACGCCUAUUUUCUGCUAUAUUUUUUGUAACGUGUUUCAUCUCUGCAGCUGUGCGAGAUUUUUAUUACAUGCAUCAAAUGUAAUUUGUUACCAAA